GCCGCCGGCACCGGCCGCGCGUUCCUGGCGCCGGAGGCACCGCGGGGAGGCCGCGAGCGCACCCGGAGCUGCCCCGAAGAUGCCGGACCGGGACGGCUACACCAACGGGAGCGGCGGCGGCGGCGGCGGGGACGAGGUGGGUGCCAACGCCGACGACAUCUGCCGGGACUUCCUGCGGAACGUCUGCAAGCGCGGGAAGCGCUGCCGCUUCCGCCACCCCGACAUCAGCGAGGUCACCAACCUGGGCGUGAGGAAGAACGAGUUCAUCUUCUGCCACGACUUCCAGAACAAGGAGUGCGUGCGCCUCAACUGCCGCUUCAUCCACGGCACCAAGGAGGACGAGGACUGCUACAAGAAGACGGGGGAGCUGCCCCCGCGCCUGCGCCAGAAGGUGGCGGCGGGGCUGGGGCUGUCGCCCGCCGACCUGCCCAACAGCAAGGAGGAGGUGCCCAUCUGCAGGGACUUCCUGAAGGGCGACUGCCAGCGCGGGGCCAAGUGCAAGUUCCAGCACCUGCAGCGGGACUACGAGUACGAGGCGCGGGGGCGGGAGCAGGGGCUGGGCCCCGCCGGGCGCCGCUUCGAGCCCUUCGACGGGCUCCUCUACGACCCCGACCGCUACGACGAGCACGAGCCGGUGCUGAAGCGGCGGCGGGUGGAGGGGCUGUACGAGACCUACGAGUACAGCUUCGGCAGCCCCCGGGCCGUGGAGUACCGGCUGCUGGAGGAGGAGAACGUCCUGCUGCGCAAGCGCGUGGAGGACCUCAAGAAGCAGGUGAACAACCUGCUGGCCACCAACGAGGUGCUGCUGGAGCAGAACGCGCAGUUCCGCAACCAGGCCAAGGUGAUGACGCUGAGCUCCACGGCCACGGCCCCCGAGCAGACUCUGGCGCCCACCGUGGGCACCGUCACCAACUAUAACCACAGCAUCGCGCAGACGCACACCACGCUCAGCAGCCAGGCCCUGCAGCCCCGGCCCGUCACCCAGCAGGAUUUGGUGGCCCCCGCCGGCGCCCAGGCCGCCCCCCCCGCCAACGCCGCGCCCCCCAUGAACCCCGAGAUCGCGCCGCUGUCGGCGGCCCUGGCGCAGACCAUCGCCCAGGGCAUGGCCCCCCCCGUGUCCAUGGCGCCCGUGGCCGUGUCGGUGGCGCCCGUGGCCGUGUCCAUGGCGCAGCCCCUCGGGGGCAUCACCAUGAGCCACGCCACCACCCCCAUGGUGACCUACCCCAUCGCCUCGCAGAGCAUGAGGAUAACGGCCAUGCCCCACUGACCCCCGCCCGUGGAACUGAGCCCGGGGGGCAGCGGGAGGACGGACACACGGACCCUCCACAGCCUGUGGACGCUGGUGGCUCCCACGGGGGCUGUGGGUGCGGGACCCCCACCUUGGUCCGGCACCCGUCGUGCGGGGAAACCUCUUUGGGGGCGCGGGGGGGUUGUGGCUGCUCCCCCUGGAGCCUCGGGAACGGACACGGCCCCCUUGCCCGGUGCCCAGACUGAGUCCCACGGCAGGGGCGGCACCGGGGCUGCGCUGGCCCUGUAACAUUUUCGGCUAUUAAAAAAACCCCAAACCA